AUGGCUCAGACACGCAACAAGGCAACCAAGAAGGCCAAAAUGGUCAAUGCCCCCAAACCCAUCAACAAGAAGACUACCAACAGACGUACCACCAGCAAGGCUCCGACUCCUCCUGUCGAUAUUUACAAGCUCUUCCCACCCUGGGGCUCCGAGGAGGCGCUAAACCAGACUGCAAACCAGGAAGCUACUGAUAUCCUCCUAGCCGUGUAUCAUGACAUUAACGCCUACUGCAACCUUGAGAGACUUGCGACAGAGAAAGUUUAUGGUCCUGUAGAGACUUUCUCCAACCUUCUUGUCUUCACAGAAGGAUUUGUGGAACGGGAAAUCGGAUACUACAUGUCCUGCGUGGAAUCCUUCAAGGCGGAACGUGGUGAGUUUCAACUGGUCACACCUAACAGCAGAUUCUUCGAGUUUGUUACUGCGCUCGGAUGGAAGAUGUUUGCUAUCUGUUCCCAUGCCGAAGCAUUCCGACGAGGUAUCAAAGAAGCCGACGAUAGAACCUGGGGGUACCUGGUCCAGAAGAUUCAGGAAAAUUUCUUGAGCAUUGAACUUUUUGCGCACAGCCGCACUUUGAAGUGGCGUAAUAUUCUCUGGGUCCACCAGGGCUGCGCUAUCCCAGGCCUGCCAGAUAUGAAAGCCGACAUUGAGACACACAUGGCCUGGAAAGUCGACCACCCCCACCACACCAUCAUCACACUCGACGGCAAACUGAAAGAGCCCACCUACAACGGCAAGUUACAAGAGCACAUUAACGAGAGUAUCUAUGAUCCCAAGAAGUGGAGUGGUCGGAAACAGGACCCGACGCUUCGCCAAAUGCCCAAUGGUAAUUCGACCAAUGUUGGAUGCGAAUGUGCUCUAUGCGGCAGCCCCGCUUCUUGCGAUUGCCGCUUGACAUCUCGGGCAGGAGAACUGGUUGAGCUGAGAGAAUACCCUAAUACCGGUACUGGUGUUCGAGCGUUGACGAGAUUUAUGCGCGGUGAUAUUCUCGAAAUCUUCAUGGGUGAGCUUCUUCCCGAUUCCGUAGAAGAGGUAUAUCCUCUGACACAAAGCGAUGAUAAAAUCAAUGCGAAUAAGGGUUCAGUCCGCAAUUUAUGUACAAUUUGUCCCCACCAGUUUGGCAACUGGACCCGUUAUGUCAGCCACUCGUGCCGGCCCUCGACGCAGUUCACGACUCGCACCAUUGGAGACCGAGUUGUUUGCACACUUGAGGCCAUUCGUGAUAUUCUACCAUUUGAAGAGAUCACUGUUGGCUAUGGUGAUAGUGUGAUCUCGAGACAUCAGAAGGAUCGAGCGACCUAUGUCUCCCUAGACGCAAGGAGCAAUGCUCUUGCUCGGGGGCUAGAAUCAGUAGGCGUUGAGAAGGGAGAGCGGGUUGGAGUCAUGCUUGGGAACUCGAUGGAAUACGCUGUGGCAACGUACGCGUUGUUUAAGCUUGGCGCCAUUUUGGUUCCGCUAAACCCAUCUUUCAAUAUUGCACAAGUGAUUGCGGCCCUGGGCCACCUGCAAUCUAGUCAUCUUUUAAUCAGCGCAGAGUCCAAUAUGCCCCGAAAAAAACCACGCAGCAAUCUUCCUUUACUAGGUGACCUUAUUGAGAACUUGCACAAAUCAACCCUGGAGUCUGCACUAGUCCCAUCCCUGAAGAAUGUCAUUAUGGUCGACAACUCUGAAGGCCGCGUGGAUGUAUCUGCCUACAAAAGCUUGACGUCGUAUGCAUCAAUUAUGUCCCAACUAAAUGCAGACGGCCGCCCGCUUCCUCCUCGAAAUCUCUCGUCGGAUGAAACUGUGAAUAUCCAGUUCACGUCGGGAACUACAUCAAUGCCCAAGGCGGCUUGCCUCACCCAUCGCUCCAUCCUGAAUAACGGUUCUCAGAUCGGUGACCGCAUGCUUCUCACACCAAAUGAUAUUGUCUGUUGCCCACCGCCGCUGUUUCAUUGCUUUGGCGGUAUAAUAGGCUAUAUGGCGACAGCUACCCACGGCUCGGCCAUCGUCUUCCCCAGCGAAUCCUUCAAUGCUCGUGCCACAUUAGAGGCCGUACAAGAAGAGAGAUGUACCGCGCUGCACGGUGUGCCGACAAUGUUCCUCGAGGAGCUGAGUAUGAUCGAGACGGGAGAAAUCUCUAGCGAGAGAUUCCAGCAUCUUCGCACGGGUAUCGCUGCUGGAAGCAGUGUUCCUCCCGAGGUAAUGAGAAAAUUGCACAAAGUACUGAAUCUGACCGAAUUGACAAUCUGUUAUGGAAUGACGGAAACGAGCCCUGUCUCGGCUAUGACAACGACAGAUGAUCCCAUUGACAAGCGGAUCUACUCCGUCGGAAAGCUCAUGCCACAUGUCGAGGCAAAAAUUGUGCAUCCGGUGAACAAGCAAGAUAUUCUACCUAUAGAGAGACGGGGUGAGUUAGCAGUGAGCGGGUACCUGCUGAUGAAGGAAUACUGGGCCGAUCCAGAAAAGACCGCGGAGGUGAUGAUUCCAGAUGACUCUGGAAAGGUGUGGAUGCAUACCGGAGAUGAAGCCUCCAUGUCACCAGAUGGAUACAUAACUAUCACUGGACGGAUUAAAGAUUUGAUCAUCCGCGGUGGCGAAAAUAUACACCCCCUGGAGAUCGAGAAUUGCUUGCUAGCCAACAACGACAUUGCAGAGGUGUCUGUCGUCGGCGUGCCGGAUGUGAGAUAUGGCGAGGCAGUGGCUGCUUUUGUUAUUCCUCGGGACCAUGGCUCAAAAACACUUACUGCUGAGGAUAUUCAGCAAUGGGUGCGUGACAAGCUUAGCAACCAUCUAAUUCCGAAGCAUGUCUUCUUCUUGGGCCCUUUGGAGCCUUUCCCCAAGACAGCAAGUGGAAAGAUUCAGAAGCUCAAGCUCAGGGAGAAGGCCAUUGCGCUUUUGGCAAAAAGUGCCGCCUGA